CAUAUUUUCUCUCUUUCUUGUCUUCGGAUUUGUCCGAAGUUCUUCAUUUUCCAACAGUGCUUGUGACAUAUUUAUGAAAACAAAUUAAUUGGGAUGCAGCAGGAUGGGGUUGUACAACAGCGAUUACCUUAUGGAGGCUACUAAAUUUCCGUGUGAAGUGGCAUUAGUCUGCUUCAUCCUUAGUGAUCUCAAAUAUGCAGCUCGCAGCACACUUAACUUCUCGUGCCAGAUGCACAAUGACCCCACAACCCUUAAACAUCCCGUCAUGCUGAAGCACAGCCUUGUUGGAGCCGGUUGAGCUCUCUAACAAGGCCUCUCCUGCCUGUUAGAAACGAGUAUCAUAAAGCAGGAGAAAGUUAUUUAUAGUGGUUACUAGUAGUGUUGGUUCAAAUGGAGAAGAAAGGAAAUGUACUGAUGCAAAAAUAUGACUUGGGGAGAUUAUUAGGUCAAGGCAACUUUGCUAAGGUUUAUUAUGGAAGGAAUCUUGAAACGGGACGGAGUGUAGCCAUAAAGGUAAUUGACAAAGAGAAGGUUCUCAAGGCCGGACUGAUCGAACAAACGAAAAGAGAGAUAUCUGUUAUGGCACUGGUCGAACACCCGAAUGUUCUACAGCUAUACGAGGUCAUGGCAACUAAAUCUAAGAUUUACUUAGUCGUUGAACAUGCCAAAGGCGGUGAGCUUUUUCAAAAGUUGACAAAGGGGAAGCUCAAGGAAAAGUUAGCUAGGAAGUACUUUCAGCAAUUGAUUAGUGCUGUUGAGUGUUGCCACAGCCGAGGCGUUUAUCACCGUGAUCUGAAACCGGAAAACGUUCUUCUGGAUGACAAUGGAAAUCUUAAGGUAUCUGACUUUGGGUUGAGCGCGUUGGCCGAGUCUAAGAGGCAGGACGGCUUACUCCACACAACGUGUGGGACCCCAGCUUAUGUUGCACCUGAGGUGAUUAACAGAAAAGGAUAUGAUGGCGCCAAAGCUGACAUCUGGUCUUGCGGGGUGAUCUUAUUCGUUUUGUUGGCCGGUUAUCUUCCAUUCCAAGACUCAAAUCUUAUGGAGAUGUAUGGAAAGAUAAGGAAGGCUGAGUUCAAGUGCCCUAAUUGGUUCCCAUCAGAAGUGCGGAAAUUACUUUCUAGGAUCCUUGAUCCGAACCCUCAUACAAGGAUUUCGAUAGCCAAAAUAAAGGAAAACUCCUGGUUCAAGAAAAGGUUGGAUUCGAGAAACGCGGGAACCAAAUUAGAAGAAAAGGAAAAGAUUAACGUAGAUGCCAAUACGCUUGACAGUAUCUCUCUCUCUGAAUCAAAGCUAGAGUUGCCAAAACCUACAAAUUUAAAUGCAUUUGAUAUAAUCUCUCUUUCAAGUGGAUUCGACUUGUCUGGUUUAUUCGUAUCAAAGGAUCAGAAGGAAGACUUGCAAUUCAUUUCGGUGAAGUCUGCUUCUUCUAUCAUGUCCAAACUUGAGGAAGUUGGCAGGAAUCUAAAGCUGGAAGUAAUGAAGAAAGAAGCUGGGUUUAUGAGAUUAGAGGGAUCGGGUGAAGGUAGCUAUGGGACUCUGUCCAUUGAUGCUGAAAUAUUUGAAAUUACUCCGUCUUUCCACUUGGUUGAGCUGAAAAAGUCAAAUGGUGAUAAGGUGGAGUACCAAAAGAUGCUGACACAAGUUAUAAGACCUGCUCUGGAGGAAAUUGUUUGGGCUUGGCAAGGCGAGCAGCCUAAUAAUAGUUAGUAGAGACACUAAAAAGAGCUUCUGAUUUCCUGACAUUUACUCUAUAAGUUGAUCUCACAUUAGUAUCAGUAUUUAACAUACGACCUGUCUGUUUGGUUCUAGUCGUAAUUGUCAAUUUUACUAUGUAUCAGCCUGUUUUAGGCCACCCGUCUAAGCAUAAUAUAGACGACUUAUUUUAUUAAA